AUGGCGGACGCUGAGGGAUUCGUGCAGCUGUGUGAGGGGCUGCAAAAGAAGAUCAUCGAAGAAGGCCAAGGCACCGCCAGCCCGUUCAUCGGCUCAACCGUCCACGUGCACUACACGGGUCGCCUCGAGAACGGCGAUGUCUUCGACUCGAGCCGCACGAAGGACCCGUUUCAAUUCAACCUCGGCCGCGAGCAGGUCAUCAAGGGAUGGGAUAUCGGCGUGGCCACGAUGAAGAAGGGCGAACGCUGCGAGCUGCUGAUCGCGCCCGAGUUGGGCUAUGGCCCGAGCGGCAACCCGCCAAAAAUCCCCCCGGGCGCCAUCCUCACCUUCGACGUCGAGCUGCUCCGAUGGGAGUCCGAGGACAUUGGACCGGGCAAGGAUGGAUCGAUCCUACGCGACACACUGGUCAAGGGCGUGGAGCUGGAAAACCCGAGUGAGGGCAGCCAAGUCCAAGCCCACAUCGUCGGUGAGCACGAGGGCCGCCAUUUCUACGACCGGGAUGUCAUCUUCAUCGUCGGCGAGGCAUCGGAGGCCGGGCUUCCUGAUGGCCUGGACACCGCCAUCCAGCGGAUGUGCCGGGGCGAGAAGUCGAUCAUCCACCUCAAGGGCACCCGUCAAACUUAUGGAGCGAGCCCGCCGAUCGAAUACCAACUGCCACCCAACGCUCCAGUGUCCUUCACGAUCUUUCUCAAGGAGUACAAAAAGGUUACGGCGCACUGGCAGCUGUCUGACGACGAGAAGAUCAAGGCGGCCGAGGAGGCGAAAGAGCGCGGCAACGACUUCCUGAAGCAAGGCAAGCUGAAGUUGGCCCUGAAGAAGUACCAGCGCAUCGAAGAGCUGCUCGAGCACCGGUACUCGAAGGACGCGCCCAGCGAGAAGCGAGAUGCCCUGAUGGUGGCCGCUUAUUUGAACAUGGCCCUCGCCUACUCGCAGCUCAACGAGGAGGUCGAGACGGUGGCCGCUUGCGACAAGGCGCUCAAGAUGGACCCGAAGAACGUGAAGGCACUCUACCGCAAGGGCUGCGCCAAGCUCUCGUUCGCCGACUUCGACGAGGCCGUGGCCAUCUUCACGGAGAUCAGGCACAUCGAGCCAAACAACAAGGCCGCCCAGCAGCAGAUUCUCCUGUGCAAGCAAAGGAGCAAGGAAUUCGAGCAGAGCGAGCGACGUCGGUACAAGCGCCUCUUCGCCAAGAAAUCUGAAGCGGAACCCGCGCAGGAGAGCACUUCGAAGGAAAUCGACGCCGACGACCCGCAGCCAUGCACCUCCGCCGAGCACGAAGCC